GUGCCUGCGCAAUUAUGGGCUCUAAAAACAAAUCUAUAAACGCAAACUGUGAACGGGAUGGGGCCGCUGCCGGGUGUCUUGAGCGCGGUAUUUUCCGGACGGUAUAGGGCGUAGUGUGGGGAGGAUUACCUGUUACUCUCCUCGUGUGACAUAUGGAUGCCCAGCACAGCUGUUAUUAGUUGGGAUGUCUGAUGGGGACAUAGAAGGACCUAUGUAAUCGUCCUCAAUAGCGCCCCCAGCAGUAGUCAUGUGUUGCAAAUACAUUGUGGGCAGAGGCCUAGGCCACAGAAAGGCUCCUCUUCAUAUGCAAUGUGCCAGCAUGUCUGGCAGCGGCCUUGUAGUGUUCCUAGGUGCAGUGGUGUAGCUAUAGAGGUCGCAAUGGUCGCUAUUGUGACCGGGCCCCUUGCCACAUUCACAUGAUGGCCAGCGCUGCCUUCAUGUUAAUAAAUCAAUGACAUCUGCUGCUACCAGACCCGUCCAGCAGCGGAGUCUGUAUGAGGACCUGGGGACAGCGCGGCAGCAUCAGGACCCGGAAUAGGUGGGGACAGCGUGGAGGCAUCAUCACCCCAUGACUGUCCCACCCCUGCUUUGCCGCCGCAUUAAGUGACUGGAGGAGGGGCAGGGCAUAUACGGCGCCGAGUCCAGGAAGCCCUGCCCCUCUCCUUUCGUAGUGUAGCCUGACUGUUCGCUCAUCCACCUGACCGUCCGCUUAUUUGCCCGCUCAUCUGCCCAGCCAUUCAGUGUGGACCUUUCCCUUCCCUCCAGCCAGCCGACUCUGCUAUCCCGCCAGGCUUUAAUGCUGGAAAAUCUUCAGAAACACUCUUCUCCUCACACUGGUUUCCAGCCUAAUUCACAGAUGGGGGAAGAAAUGGGACAAAACAGUUUCAUAAAGCAGUACCUGGAGAAACAGCAGGAGCUGCUCAGGCAGAAAGAAGCUCGAGAGGCUCAGGAAACAGAAGAACCUUUUGCAGAGUCAGAGGAUGAAAAUGUGAACCCUGACAUAGUGCCAGAACCUCCUGAUAUUAUCUGUUCUGUUCUGAAAUUUCCAGAAGUAGAAUUGGGAAAACAUACUCCUAAAAAGGGUCAUCCUGUUAUGGAAGACCCAGAAGAAUCUGAAGAAGAGUUUCCCAAGAAGCGGGGGAGGAGAUCAUCUCGAGUUAAACAGACCAAAGUUCCUAAACAAAGUGUAGUUACACCACCAGUGCAAGAGCAAGAACCACGCAGAUCAUCAACACGUGCAUGUAAAUCUGCUGUAAAAGAAGUUGAAGAGGUAGGUGAAGAAGAGGAGGAAGAAAUGGAAGAAGAAAAGGAGCUAGCAGUUGAGAAGGAUGAGGAAGAAACUCCCAAAAGAAGAAGAUCCUCAAGAACAACUAUUCAACACAAAAAGUCACCAAAAUUGAAACGGUCCCCUUCUCCACCUCAGUUGUCAGAAACUCUUUCUAAACCAGCAACCCUUGAAGGAGAGGAGACUGUGGAGGAACGUGUUCCUCCAAUGCUGUCUCUUGAAGGUAUGCACCAGCAGAUUUCUGAGAAGCAAGUUUUACCAGUGUCUGAGAAAACAAGCUCUUCAAGGCUGCUCAUCAAAGAGAGCCCGAAGAGUCAAAGAUCACCACAGAAAUGGAGACGCCAGGCAAGAGAACGUAUUGAGACUGGUGCAGAUGCAGCAUUACAUCAGGCACCAGUAUCAACAAGUGUUAUUCAACAGACUGCACCCAAUGAACAGGAAGAUGAAAACGUGGAGACUGUAAAACAAGAAUCACAGGUGUACAAAGACACUAAAAAUGCCUCAACAGGAGCUUCUACCACAAAGGAUGCAAAAGUCAAAUCAUCUCUGGUAUUAAUGAAGCCUCCCGUUCGUUCAAAAUUGGAAGGGACAGCAUCUGUGUGUACACAAAGUUUGCAAAUAGUGGAGAAGUUAUCUUCAAGGGGUGUUCAGGCCAUGUCCAUAUUGGAAAAACAAGACCUUCAGCCUUGUUCUGAUGCAAAAGAAAGCCAGUCUUUGUCCAGCUCUCCUGAGUUUGUAAGAUCAAGUGCUAAGUCAAGAUCUUUGCAUGACAAAUCAGAUGUGAGUUCAUUGUUGGUUAGUGGUCCAAAUGAAUCUGAAAAAUCACCAGCUUGUUCCCCUAGCUUACCUAAGACAAGGAGGUUAAGGAUAAGAAGAUCAAGUGCACAUCAGGACCAAGCGGAAAAUGUAAAAUCUAUACAAAAAGUGGAUGUUCCGGAGAAAGCAAAAGCACCAGUGAUAUUCAAUGAGCCAGUGGAUAGUGAACAAAAAAGUGUUCUAAAAGUAUCUGAAGUAAGACCAGAGGAGAAAACUAAAAGAAAGCUCUCUAAGGCCGGCAAAAUGCAGAAAACUAAAUUGGAGGUAAAAUCAGAAGAUAUUGCUGAUGAACCUCAAUUAGGGGAUCCUUUAUUGUCAGUUUUAGAAACAGACACUAAAGAAACCAUCAGCACAAAGAUUGUCCCUGAUAAUUCUUUGACAGAGAGUGAAAAUAAUUUUGGCCCAUCCCCAAUGGAAAAGUCCUCCCUAGAUACUACAGUUCAGCAUACUGAGGAAACAUCUUUGAUAAAGACCUCAGAAAGGACUGCACAAAACAAGAGACCAUCCAUUACUGAAGAAACGUUGGAAAUGACAGACAAUAGCACAGAAGUACAAGACUCUGCAAAUGUGGCAUCAGCAGAAGCCAUUGUUCCCAAAACAGUCCCAGACAUACAACAGUCCACCUAUACAGCAGAGGAGACCUCAAUGAAGCCAUAUACAGAAACACAAAUCGUUCAUGAAUCUGAGUCUAAAAAAGUACCAGAAGAUUGCCCUAUGAUUGUAGAUGAUAUCACAGAAGAUACUGCAGUGCCUCCAGUGCCCAUCUCACCAGAUAAACAAGAAGCUGUAAAUAUAGAUGAAACUGUACAUGUUACUGUAAAUAUAGAAGAUCCCCCUAAUAUUUUACCAACUAAGAAUUUGGAACUGGUAGCCAAUCUGGAAAAUGCUGGACUAGUAGCUGAAGCAAUUCCAACCUCUUCAAGCAUUUCAGCAUUGUCCUCAUGUUCUACAGAAAAUUCCACUACUGCAUCUAAGGUACAUCAACAAGCUGAUAAUGUCUCUGUGCAUCAAAGUCCAGAAACACCAGUCACAAAUACGAUAAUCCAUAUUUCAGAAACAUCAGAACAGGACAGUGCUAUGGACAUAGAUGCCCCUGAAGAUAUUAUGGUUGAGAAGGAUUCAACAAAUAAUUCAGAAAGAGAACCUCUUGCCAGCUUCUUGGCACCUGAUGGGCAACAUAAUACUGUGGUUGCACCUGUAACAGUACCUGCAGCUGAAACAAAAGACAUCAUUGCACAGAUUACUAAAGAAGCUAUUUCUUCAAAAGAAUGUGAAGAAAAUAGUAUGGAUCUAGAGGAAGUUGGGUCCCAACCUUUAGAGAGUACUUUAAAUGCUCAGCAGUCUGAUGUGACAAUGGCAGAGGAGGAUGUUCCAGUUAUUGCACAGAAGGAGCACGAGUUGGCUGAAGAGCAUGUUCCAGUUAUUGCACAUGAAGACAAUGAAUUGGCAGGGAAGAGUGCACCAAUUAUUGAGAAGGAAGACCAUGAAUUGGUAGAGAAGAGUGCACCAGUUAUUGAGAAGGAAGACCAUGAAUUGGUAGAGAAGAGUGCACCAAUUAUUGAAAAGGAAGACCAUGAAUUGGUAGAGAAGAGUGUACCAGUUAUUGCACAGGAAGACAAUGAAUUGGCAGAGAAGAAUGUAUCAAAUAUUGCAAAGGAAGACCAUACAUUUGCAAAGAGUGCACCAGUUAUUGUACAGGAAGAACACAAAUUGGCAGAAAAGAGUGCACCAGUUAUUGUACAGGAAGAACACAAAUUGGCAGAAAAGAGUGCACCAGUUAUUGUACAGGAAGAACACAAAUUGGCAAAAAGUGCACCAGUUAUUGUACAAGAACAUAAAUUGGCAGAAAAGAGUGCACCAGUUAUUGUACAGGAAGAACAUGAAUUGGCAGAAAAGAGUGCACCAGUUAUUGUACAGGAAGAACAUGAAUUGGCAGAAAAGAGUGCACCAGUUAUUGUACAGGAAGAACACAAAUUGGCAGAAAAGAGUGCACCAGUUAUUGUACAGGAAGAACAUGAAUUGGCAGAAAAGAGUGCACCAGUUAUUGUACCGGAAGAACACAAAUUGGCAGAAAAGAGUGCACCAGUUAUUGUACAGGAAGAACACAAAUUGGCAGAAAAGAGUGCACCAGUUAUUGUACAGGAAGAACACAAAUUGGCAGAAAAGAGUGCACCAGUUAUUGUACAGGAAGAACACAAAUUGGCAGAAAAGAGUGCACCAGUUAUUGUACAGGAAGAACACAAAUUGGCAGAAAAGAGUGCACCAGUUAUUGUACAGGAAGAACAUGAAUUGGCAGAAAAGAGUGCACCAGUUAUUGUACAGGAAGAACAUAAAUUGGCAGAAAAGAGUGCACCAAUUAUUGCACAUAAAAAGCGUGAAAUAGAAGAAAAGAGUGCACCAGUUAUUGCACAUAAAAAGCGUGAAAUAGAAGAAAAGAGUGCACCAGUUAUUGUACAGGAAGAACAUAAAUUGGCAGAAAAGAGUGCACCAGUUAUUGCACAUAAAAAGCGUGAAAUAGAAGAAAAGAGUGCACCAGUUAUUGCACAUAAAAAGCGUGAAAUAGAAGAAAAGAGUGCACCUGUUAUUGUACAGGAAGAACAUAAAUUGGCAGAAAAGAGUGCACCAAUUAUUGCACAUAAAAAGCGUGAAAUAGAAGAAAAGAGUGCACCAGUUAUUGUACAGGAAGAACAUAAAUUGGCAGAAAAGAAUGCACCAGUUAUUGUACAGGGAGAACACAAAUUGGCAGAAAAGAGUGCACCAGUUAUUGUACAGGGAGAACACAAAUUGGCAGAAAAGAGUGCACCAGUUAUUGUACAGGGAGAACACAAAUUGGCAGAAAAGAGUGCACCAGUUAAUGUACAGGAAGAACACAAAUUGGCAGCAAAGAGUGCACCAGUUAUUGUACAAGAAGAACAUAAAUUGGCAGAAAAGAGUGCACCAGUUAUUGCACAUAAAAAACGUGAAAUAGAAGAAAAGAGUGCACCUGUUAUUGCACAUAAAAAGCGUGAAAUAGAAGAAAAGAGUGCACCUGUUAUUGCACAUAAAAAGCGUGAAAUAGAAGAAAAGAGUGCACCUGUUAUUGUACAGGAAGAACAUAAAUUGGCAGAAAAGAGUGCACCAGUUAUUGUACAAGAAGAACAUAAAUUGGCAGAAAAGAGUGCACCAGUUAUUGUACAAGAAGAACAUAAAUUGGCAGAAAAGAGUGCACCAGUUAUUGCACAUAAAAAGCGUGAAAUAGAAAUGAGUGCACCAAUUAUUGCACAUAAAAAGCGAGAAGUAGAAGAAAAGAGUGCACCAAUUAUUGUACAAGAACAUAAAUUGGCAGAAAAGAGUGCACCAGUUAUUGUACAAGAACAUAAAUUGGCAGAAAAGAGUGCACUAGUUAUUGCACAUAAAAAGCGUGAAAUAGAAGAAAAGAGUGCACCAAUUAUUGCACAUAAAAAGCGAGAAGUAGAAGAAAAGAGUGCACCAAUUAUUGCACAUAAAAAGCGAGAAGUAGAAGAAAAGAGUGCACCAAUUAUUGCACAUAAAAAGCGAGAAGUAGAAGAAAAGAGUGCACCUGUUGUUAUUGUACAGAAGGUGCAUGAAUUGGCACCAGUUAUUGGACAGGAAAAGGGUGAAAUGGAGACGGAAUUAAUUUCUGCAGUUCAUGAAAAAGCUUCAGCAACAGAACACUCAGAACAAAUUCUUUCUGUAGAACCAGUUGAACAUAAUGUGGAAGAACCUGAAAUAACUAUGUUACCAUCACCAGCACAAUAUCAGGUAGAUAACGAAUCUGUUAUGCAAUCUACAAAAGAAGAUGACCGUGAAAGUUUACAAAGGAAAGAGGGUGAGGUUCAGACUGUGUCAACGCCACCAUCACAGCUAAGGCAGACAGAAUGCAUUAUGGAUGUAGGUUUUGCACCAGACCAGAUAUUAUUACCUGAGGCUAAUAAGUCUGACAACGAUGAAGUUACUGAUGUAUUAGAAAAGACCAAAGCACAAAAUGAAGAUGAAUCUGUUAAACCAGACUGUGAUGCAUCACUUGUCCUUCAUACUACAGAUGAAUUGGUCCCCAAAAAAGAUGUAUACCAUGAAAUAGAAGAAGAUACUUAUGAAGCAGUAGAAGUUGUCAAGGAUGCCCCUGUGGUAGAAUUCCGUCGAAGUAGAACCUCUUCUUCAUCUUCCUCCUCCUCUUCCUCGUCUUCUUCAUCUUCAUCAUCAUCAUCAUCAUCUUCCUCCUCAUCUCGGUCAUCACGUUCUUCUACAGAGAGGUCAUCCCGUUCCAGACGUAGUUCCUGUUCAAAGUCCUCAUCACCAGAAAGGCAGGACCAGAAGUCAGAGUCCUCGAGGUCUUCAUCUCCUCACAGUGACAAGGAUCAGUUGUUUAGUGAGCGAUCUGAGACUGAAUGUCCUGCAAUCCUUUCCUCUGAAGUCUUGCCUUUGGAAACCUUACAGCCUCCACCAAAUACCUCAACACCUCCUCUACAGACCAUAGUGCGGCUGCAGAGAAAUACCUUUAACCAAGGACACAGUCCUUCCAAUCCGAGUCGCAGAGAACGUCGUAGGUCACAUGCAGCAUACGAUGCAGAAGAGCAAGAACAGAUUAAAAGAAUAAGAUUAGAGCCACAGUCUGAGGAUCAGGACCAAAAAAGUCCUGUCCCUGGGGAGCAAGAGGUGGAAGAGGAACACAGUCCAGGAGACAACAAUGUUGCACCAGAGAGCGAGGAGACCACCAUGGACACAACCGAGACCCCUACAGAGGGUGAAGUCCAAGAGACGGUACCGGCCCAACCCCAGGAAGAGAACUGUGACCCCGGCGACAAGAAAGAGAGUACAACACCACCAAGGACCUUUAAGAGGAAGAUCUCUGUUAUAUCUGCUGCAAAGUGUUCCAGUCAGCCUCCUCCAGCAUCUACUACAAACAGUGACAAUGAGGGAGCACACCCUGCCCGGCGAAGGCGAUGGGGCGCCAGCACCGCUACAACACAGAAGAAGCCUUCAAUCAGCAUUUCUACAGACUCAUUGAAGAGCUUAAUCCCUGAGAUCAAAGAAAUCAAGCAAGAGGCAGUGGUGGAUCUCCAUGCGGAGGAUGCUCGUAUUUCUGAAGAUGAAAGCGAACGCAAUGGAGAUGACAAUUCCCAUGACCAAGGCCUGAAAAUAUGCAGGACGGUCACGCAGGUGGUCCCUGCUGAGGUUCAAGAAAAUGGGCAAGAAGAGGAAGAGGUGGCAUGUCAAAAUCCGCCAGAGGAAGCCUCUGUUGCCGUUCAGGAGUCUAUUCCUGUGGAGGUAGAGCCACCCCCUCCCAGUGAACAAGAAGUAAAGAAUCCAUUACCAGAAAGCCCAGCACAAGCAGAAGUCAGAGUUUCUUUUGCCCUCCCUCCAGUUACACUGGGAGAUACUCUAUUGAGGCGAUCAAUCAGUCAACAAAAGACUAUCGUUUCUGUUACCAUUGAUGACCCUGUGCGCACUGCAUCUCAGCAACCUUCACCUCCUCUGCGGAAGCCAAGCUGUAUUGUACAUAUAAGUAAUCUGGUUCGACCUUUUACUUUAGGGCAACUUAAAGAAUUGCUCUCACGUACUGGCACGAUUGUAGAUGAAAAUUUUUGGAUAGACAAGAUAAAAUCUCAUUGUCUUGUCACAUAUUCUACAAUAGAAGAAGCUGUUUCUACCAGGAACUCUCUACAUGGAGUAAGAUGGCCCCAAUCCAAUCCGAAGUUCUUAUCUGUAGACUUUGCAGAGCAAGAUGAGCUGGAUUUCCACAGAGGUCUUCUUGCAGAGAGACCACCCGAACUGAAAGCAGAGGAGCCCCCACACCAACAUUCUCACCAGCACACACAUGCCCCUCCAUUACGAGGUGAACACCGGGAACAUGAGCGGGGUGUUCGAGAACAGUGGGCUGAGAGGGAGCGUGAAAUGGAAAGGAGAGAGCGUACUCGUUCAGAACGAGAAUGGGAUAGAGAUAAAAUACGAGAGGGCCCCAGGUCACGUUCCAGAGACAGACGACGUAAAGAGCAUGCCAAGUCCAAAGAAAAAAAGAAUGAAAAAAAAGAGAAAGUUCAAGAGGAACCUCCAGCUAAACUCUUAGAUGACUUAUUCCACAAAACCAAAGCUGCACCUUGUAUAUAUUGGCUUCCCCUUACAGAUGAUCAGAUUGUAAAGAAAGUAGCAGACAGGGCCGAGCGCGCAAAGGAGAGGGAGAAGCGCCGUAAAGAACAGGAAGAGCAAGAGGAGGAAGAACGAAAGGAACGAGCAAAGGAAAGGGAGAAAGAAGCAGAGCGAAACAGAGAGCGAGCACGUGAUGCAGAAAGAGAAAAAAGGAGAGAGCACAGCAGAGAACACCCCCGUGAGAGAGAACGUAGGGAUCCUAAAAGACACAGCAGGAGUCGCAGCAGGAGUACACCAGUGAGAGAUAGGGGAGGGCGACGUUGACUCUAGUCUGAUGCAUUUCCUGACUGUCCACUCAGCUGCUAUACCCCUGUCAAGGGCAGGUGGCGAUAAAGGGUAACUGCAGGUGUUCAAAGGAGCAUUGCAUACCAGGCCCUUUCUCAAGCUAAUUGUUUCUUUUGAAAGAAACACUCAGGCAAGGAGACUGCGUCCUUCUAUAGGAUUCAUGAUACUGUCUCCCUGUAUUCAAACUCCCAUUCUCGGAUCAUUGUCUAUUUUACUCUUCCGUUUCUUUCCAAUUUUUAAGUUUUCACUCUGCUGUCUGGAUUGUAAUUUAGAUCGUCAUUUGCUCAUCAUUGGACCUAAAAAGUUUGUGCAAUGAGGCUUCUCCCUCUGGUAACCUUGCACCUGUCAAAGUGUCAGGCAAUUGGUUACUUUAUUCUCCUUUGGCCACAUGUGGCAUCUUACCCAGUUAAAAAAAAAAAUUUUUUUUUUUAUUUUGUGUUCCUUUUUAUUUUUUAUUAUAAAUAUGAAGUGGAUUAUCAGAAAAUAAAAUUCUGCAUUAGUUUUAUAUCUUCGAUGUCUUACCUGUCUUGAUACCACAUGCAAUGUAAAAUAGAUGGUUUGUUGGGUUGUUUUUAGCACAGAUCACAUCCUGACAUAAAUGAAACCUUAGGUCUUUUCUUUUACCCAAUAUUACAAAUGUACAUACUAAUAUGAAACAAAAUUGUAGUAUUGGUUGGCUAGGAAUGUGCUGUUACUGUAUUUUUGUUCUGUCAUAUGUUUUGAUGUGUGCUUAUACAUCAAAUACAUACUGUUUUUUUUAUGUCCUUCUAUUAUGUAUUUGGUCACUAGGUUAAAGUGACGAAACAUUAUAGAUUUAUAUAAAGAAUAUUGUUUUUUGGAUGGGGGGAUUUAAAAAAAAAAUUACAUGACCUUGUUGGGAACAAGACGAAAACUUUGUGUUCCUCACAGAUAUGCAGUUUGAAUUGAAACUGACGAGGGUUACCAACACAAAGCUGAACAUGUGGUCUCAUAGAGUGGGUGACCUUCUUUCAAACAAGGUUUUGAGCACCAGAAUUUGUAGACUCACUGCGAAGUUUUGCGCAAAAGUAAAAAUGUGCUAAUUUAGAGAAACUAGCAACGGGGCCAUUCUUAUUGCUCUUUUAUUGACUAUUGCACUGCCAUCUCCCCUUCUUGGCUGUGGGGAGCGAUGUCACCUGAAGAAGUUAAUAGUAAUGAAGGGACGGGGGGAAGAUGGCAGCGUUAUCACCACUGAAAGAGUAAUGCGAACGCCCCAGUUGCUAGUUAUGCUUUUGCUCAUAACUCUGCAACAGGUCUACACAUUCUGGUGAUCGAUAGGUCACCCACUCUGAGCCUAUAUGUUCAUCGUAGCAUGGGUGACUCUUGUCAGUUUCCCUAUAAAACCAGAAAAUUACAUGUUACACACUUCAGAAUUUCUAGCUUAAAAUAGAGCAUAUAGAAAUGCAAUUUCUAGUUUGGUGGUUGCAGCAUAUAAGAAAGUUUAUUCUGUUAGUAAAACUGUUUAAAUUAUUACUUUAUACCAUAUUGAUUUUAUAUUGAUGCACAUUAUUUGUUUUAUAUUGUAAAUAACUCAAUUGGAAUGGUUUGAGGUUGGUUUAUGUAGGGUAUUAAGAGGACACAGCUUAAUUUGCUUUCAAAGUAAACCAUUCAGUAGAUUUCCCCAUAGAUGAUAUGUGCAUAGCGGUGUGGCUCUUUCUUUGCAAGGAACAUAAGCAGAAGUGCUGCACCAUGACAAUUGUGACGGACAAAGAAAUACAAGCUGCUUGGAUUUAAUCUUGUACAAAAUCUUCCCCACAUAUGUAUAAAAGCCUGCUGGGUAAGAUGUGAAUGCAGCAUUUAUAAGUAUAGCACAAUAAGACAUUAGCAUUUGUACAAAAUAUCACCACAUUGGAUAGAUGAGAUUUGCAGGCAUUUAGCAAUGAAAUUUUGUACUGUAUACAUUUGCCUAGAGUAUACCAGAAAUAAUGUAAAUAUGCAAUAAAUUCUAUUAUUCUGCCCACUG